AUGGCCGAGAAUAUAGUCGCUUUCGAUCUCUAUGGGACUUUGUUGUCUACUGACUCAAUUGUCAAACAGCUCGAGAAACAUUUCGAGAAUGCCAAGGCGAAAUCAAUCUCCGCGCUGUGGAGGCGGUACCAACUGGAGUACACAUGGAGGUUGAAUAGUAUGGGUCGCUAUGAAGAUUUUUCGACUGUCACACGCAACUCGCUAUUACAUGCCUUAGCGGACAACGAGACGAGCUUAGACGAGCAUGGCAUUGACGAGUUGAUGCACGCCUAUGACAACCUCUCUACAUUCGCCGACGUGAAACCAACGUUGACACGAAUAGCCUCUGAUACAAGCUUGCAAGCUGUGAUAUUUUCCAAUGGUUCUAAAGCCAUGGUGUCGAACUCGGUUCUACGGUCCGAAGAUCUGUCACCACACGCGAGUGUGUUCCAAGACGUGGUCACUGUCGACGAAGUCCGACAGUACAAACCGGCUCGAGCAUGCUAUGAGCAUCUAUCAAUCAAGACGGGCAAAGGCCCAUCCAAAAUGAAGAACAUCUGGUUAGUGAGCGGCAAUCCCUUCGAUAUUGUUGGUGCACGCAGUGUGGGCAUGCAGGCUAUAUGGAUUGAUCGCAUGGGCGGCGGAUGGAAAGACGGUGCGAUUCCAGAUCUACGACCAACGGCUAUUGUAAACAGCCUGGAGCAUGUUGUGAAGGAGAUUGAGCGUCGAGUGUAA